AUGCCUCCACUAGGAGCACCAAGGGAUCAAGUCGUAGAGAAUACUCCGACCACCGCGGCUCGCCUGUCGGCUCAAUGGCGAAGCCCUCGCGAUAUCAUCGCCGUACUGCUGUUGCUGGGCCCCGAAAUUGUCCAGACGGCCAUCGCGCAGCUCGCUGGACGGGCAUGGACGCCUGUUCCAUUUUCGUUUGGAUGGGUCACCUAUUCGUGCAGCAUGCUGCUGUCUACGAUUGAGGGAGAAACAGGUGGACAGCUCAUGCCGAACCACCGGGAGCCCAUCUUGGUGGUGAAUGCGCAAAAUGGUCAUUCUAGGACCACCAACUCUUGGGUGUUGUGCAAAUUAUUCGACUUUCUGAACGAUGAGAUAGACAAGGAGAUGGCGAUCGAAGGGUCACAUCCUCCCGAGCCGCCAAAGGGUGAGGCUGCCGUUGACAGGACAAACAACGGGCCGCAUACUUCCGAACGAACGAAGGACAAUGUCGCAACUGGCAAGCAAAAGGAAAAGCCACAUACUGCCGAGCGUCUGAAUGUUGACAAGCCUGACGAGGACGAGGCAACAGCAGAGUCACAUGCCUCCAGGAGGCUCGCGAACGGCAGGGUUGCCAAUGACGAGACAACCGACGAGCAGAAUACUUUCCGGCCACCGGAACCAGAAAUUGAGCCAGCAGAACACCCAAAAAGACCAUGGGAAGCCCUCCGAGUCGUGGUGUACAGGGUCGACAAGGGCCGGAAAUCCGAACAAGGAAUUCCCAGCCUCGACUGGGUGUGGUUCUGCGGCGGCGCCGUCAUCAUAAUCCAGCUAGCCGUGUCGAUUCUCCCGUGGGCCAUGGACGGUGACUGGGCACCGUUUCUGGUCACCUCGACCGGAAACUGUCUCGCCGUGUGCGGAGCCUCGCUCCCCCAGUGGCGGAAGGAGAAAUGGGCGAACUAUAGUCGGACCAAGGGUAGUUCGACGGUCACGCUGACCAGAGGCAACGGCACCCGCACGGCCGUAGUCAUCGUCGCCGCGAGGGAUGCCGGUCUUGACCUCGAAAUCCUCGCUCGAAAUUCACGCGUCGCGGUCCCAUCGCUUGCAACCCGCUGCGCGACAGCGAUCCUGGCUCUCUGCUGGAUCCUCCUUGCGAUCACCGUGGCGGACUUGUUUGGCAUCGGCCUUCUUGGAAGCGUGUACACCUUGGUGGCCGCCGGGGCCAGUCGAAGUCCCGCUUGCCUUGGCCUGCAUUUUGAGAAGAAGAAGGAGGAGGAGGAAUUUUGUGGCCCCAAGGUCCCCGACGUUCUCCAAAAGGUGCAGCGAAAGAAAGCAGAAUAUGGUUCUUGCGUCGGCACAUCGCUCAUCAAGGUAUUCUUCCCCGGCGGACUUCGAGCGACAGGUGAUGACCUGAAGUUCUGGAGAAACGAACUGAGUGGGAUCUCCUCGGGAAACCAUCAUGGAGAAUUUGUCCACGUGUCUGAAACAAAACCAAAUAACGAUGGUGCAAAGUCACCACCCUCAGAGGAACGCGGAAAGCGUGCUGACGCUCUUGAUUAA